GCCAUCCCCGCACAUUGCCCUUGAGUGGCGUCUAUAAACAGCCUGCGAGGAAGGGGCCUGGCAGAGAGUGUCCGUCCCUUCCGUGGAGCCAUGCGCGUGGCCGAGCCCGAGAGCGGGGGCCCUUCGGGGCUGUGGCCGCGCCAGACCCGGAGCAGGAAGACCAGAGGAAUAAAAAUCCCUCGGCAGCUGGGACGAGGCCCGAGUUCUUUCAUCCCGGUGGAAGAGAUCCUGCAGGAAGGAGCGGAGCGGGCCCAGCGGCACCUCUUCAUCGAGGCCUUUCUGUCGUCCGGCAGGGUGGACAACAUCACCAUGGUGAUGGGCCUUCAUCCCGAGUACCUGACCAGCUUCUGGAAGACGCAGUACCUCCUCCUGCGGAUGGACGGGCCUCUGCCCUACCACAAGCGCCACUACAUCGCCAUCAUGGCUGCGGCGAGGCACCAGUGCUCCUACCUGGUGGGCUUCCACAUGGGGGAGUUCCUGCACAUGGGGGGGGACCCCGAGUGGCUGCGCGGCUUGCAGUUCGCCCCACAGAAGCUGAGGAACCUCAACGAAAUCAACAAGAUCCUGGCCCACCGGCCUUGGCUGAUCACCAAGGAACACAUUAAGGCGCUCCUGAAAACGGGUGAGAACAGUUGGUCCCUGGCAGAACUCAUCCAGGCGCUGGUGCUGCUCACCCAUUACCACUCGCUGGCUUCCUUCGUGUUCGGCUGCGGCGUCAACCUGGAGAGCGACCCGGAGGCCCCCCACGCCGGCCAGGCCCCCUCCCCACUCGGCUGUGACAGCAGCAGCCCCGGCUCCGACGAGGGGGUCCACGCUCCCGGCGGCACCGAUGCGAUGGAGGAGGUGGAGGUGCUGAUGGAAAGGAUGAAGCUCUUGCAGGAGUGCCAGCUGGACGAAGAAGAGGUCACCCCGGAGGAAAUGGAAACCUGCUUUGAGAGGGAAAAGAGAGAGAGCCUCCUGGUCACUCCCGCGGAUAUUGCCGAACACUCCCUGCCUCCCAACAUCUUGUGCUUCGUGGAGGACCCUGAGUUUGGAUACAAGGAUUUUACUAGAAGAGGAGAACAAACGCCUCCGACUUUCCGAGCUCAGGACUACACCUGGGAAGAUCACGGAUAUUCACUCAUCAACCGCCUCUAUCCCGAUGUGGGUCAGUUGCUCGACGAGAAGUUCCAGGUGGUCUACAACCUGACCUAUCACACCAUAGCCAUGCACAGUGGGGUGGACACGUCCAUGCUCCGGAGAGCCAUCUGGAACUACGUCCACUGCGUCUUUGGGAUCCGGUACGACGACUAUGAUUACAGGGAGGUGAACCAGCUUUUGGAGCGCAGCUUGAAAAUCUACAUCAAAACAGUCGCCUGCUAUCCAGAGAAAACCACCAAGAGAAUGUACACCCACUUCUGGAGGCAUUUCAAACAUUCUGAGAAGGUGCACAUCAACCUGCUUCUGUUGGAGGCGCGCAUGCAAGCUGCCCUGCUGUAUGCGCUGCGUGCCAUCACCCGCUACAUGACCUGACCCUCCAAGUGGCGAUGGACCGGGCAGACUGGAGAUUCCUUUUCUCAAAAGACUUGUUUUUUUCUGGAAUACCGUGUAGGGUAGGGAUCCCUGUCUGUCGCUUUCUGGAGAGAGGCAUGUUUUGUGUUUCGAGAGCGUCUCAAUCCCCUCCCUCCAAGAAACAACAAGCCGAGAGGUUGCUUGUUUUGUGGGUCGAGAGGAUAGCAGGAGGAGGAGGAGAGACCAGACGGUUCAGCCGCACAUCUUUGCCUUCUUCCUCUAAGACUCUGGACUUUCCCUGUGCUUUCUCUUGAGUUGUUUCAGCUCUGCAACCAAGAGGGCAAAUGGUUUCAAGGGCUGCCCGUUCUUUCCGGAACAUUUGGAAGAGUCGGUGUCCGUAUCUGGGUCCGGUACGUGCUCAAUCUCCCGGCCUCACCGUGCUUCGAUUGUGGCUGCUCCAAACUGCCUUUCCCAUCGUCCUCCCUCCAUAACUGGUGACUAGUGCAAUGAAUGUUGGAUCUCAUGGCCGUGUCCUUUCUGACAAAGGUGCUGCUGAAACACAAGACUCGGCCAACCAAAGAGAUCUCCCUGCUGUGAAAUGGCACGGCGCCUUCUUUCCCACCCCGUCCUCUCCACGUGGCCUCUACUGACCGAAGAACUCUCGAAUGUACGACUCCUGAAUGUCCAAGCAGAUUCCUCAUCUCUCUUUUCUUGCUUUGGGUGAUUUAUACACAUUUAUAUGGAGGGGAGACGUAGGUGAAGCUGGACGAGCCGUACGCCGCUUGCAGUUGGCAACCACACUACGUGGCUCAGUUGGGGAUUUCACUCCGACUUGCCUUAUUUUGCACAGGAAGACGGGCACAUCUCUUUGCCGCUGGGGAAAAAUACCUAGGGAUAGAACAGGAUUAGGGAACACACCGUCCUCUCAAUGUUUUUGGCAGGCUAAUCUCACAGAGUCACGGGUGAGAUAACACAAGGGUUGCGAUCUGGCCACUGAUAGAAUAGAGCAGUGGUUCUCAACCUGUGGGUCCCCAGAUGUUUUGGCCUUCAACACCCAGAAAUCCUAACAGCUGGUAAACUUGCUGGGAUUUCUGGAAGAUGUAGGCUGAAAACAUCUGGGGACGCCGGGUUGAGGACCAGGUUGCAUGAAAAGGUUGACCUGAUGAGGGACCCACAGGUUGAGGACCACUGGUAUAGAAGGUUGCGUGAAAAGAGUUGAUCAGACAUGGGCAAACUUGGCCCCUCCAGGUGUUUUGGACUGCAACUGUUAGGAAUUGUGGGAGUUGCAGUCCAAAACACCUGGAGGGACCAAGUUUGCCUAUGCCUGGAGUAGAUCAUUAAACUGUGAAAAGACAUGUCGAAGUGACUUCUGAAACCUAUUGUUCUGUUUGAAGGAAGAGUCUCUGUGUCCAUUAUUUCAAAGUGUCACCUCUGCAAGGUGGCAACAAGUAGAGUUGGUGGGAUCUCCACAUUUUGGUGGGCCCUCCACAUCUUGGUGGGCCCUCCACGUCUUGGUGGGCUCUCCACGUCUUGGUGGGCUCUCCACGUCUUGGUGGGCCCUCCACAUCUUGGUAGGCAUGUCUUGGUGGGCUCUCCACGUCUUGGUGGGCCCUCCACAUCUUGGUAGGCAUGUCUUGGUGGGCUCUCCAUGUCUUGGUGGGCCCUCCAUGUCUUGGUGGGCAUGUCUUGGUGGGCAUGUCUUGGUGGGCCUCCACGUCUUGGUAGGCAUGUCUUGGUGGGCUCUCCACGUCUUGGUAGGCAUGUCUUGGUGGGCUCUCCAUGUCUUGGUGGGCCCUCCACGUCUUGGUAGGCAUGUCUUGGUGGGCUCUCCACGUCUUGGUGGGCUCUCCACGUCUUGGUAGGCAUGUCUUGGUGGGCUCUCCAUGCCUUGGUGGGCUUUCCCAUGUCUUGGUGGGCUCUCCAUGUCUCAGUGGCCUCUCCAUGUCUUGGUGGGCCCUCCACCUGAUUUUCACCCAGUUGACUAGGAUUGUUGGACAUCUGGAGGGAGACCUAUCAUCCUGUUGUUUCCCCCUUAAAUUGGGAAAAAGAUACGUGUGAAAAGUCCUAAAUUCUUGGAGUAUAUCUCCAUCUCUGUGCCUUGGCUCCUCUUUACCAAGUAUCUUUGGGAAUUAGAACCUUCUUCUUAGAGUUCUAGAGAAAACCAAGCAACUGCCCGUCAGUCGUGACCAUCUUAGGAUGGGACCUGUGCCGCUUUGUGAAAAUGCCAAGCCUUCCAGACCUUUCUGAACUCAGUGAAGCAAUCAGUUCCAAUGACAAGGGCUAAACGUAAUCGGGUUUGUUGAGGUUGAGCCUUGAGGUGUCUUAUUGACCUUCAAGCCAGUCCCGUCCCCUUGCGAAGUCUGGUCAGAAAAGGCCGGCAUUACGUCCUAACUGGACUAUAGGAGAGGUCCAUCUUUGCUUAUUGUCAGUAGAAUUGGAAAAGUGAAGCUAACCUCAGAUCAGAACUGAAGCAGUAUUUUGCAGACCUUGUAAUCCAGAGAAAUAAAUGCAACUUGGUGCCAUCAAGUUGGAAGGGACUACAGAAGCCAUCUCACCCAGCCCGGCUGCCAUGUGCAAAUACACAACUAAAACACUCCUGAGAAAUGACCAUCCAUCCAAUUAGUUGGCAAAAGCUUCAAAGAAACCAACCGAAUGAAUCCCAAGUGGAAGCUGGUGGACUCUCCUUCCUUGGAGGUCUCAGUUUCAUUUGAUUGGUUUCUUUGAAGAUUUCAUGAACUAGUUUGUUAGAAGAAAAUAUGCUGUUGUAUCUUUUGUUUUCCUUUUCAAAAAUCCUUGCUAGGUUUAGAGAUAUUUUUAUUAUUAUUUCCAUGUUUGUGUUGUCGAAGGCUUUCAUGGCUGGAAUCACUGGGUUGCUAUGAGUUUUCCAGGCUGUCUGGCCAUGUCCCAGAAGCAUUCUCUCCUGACGUUUCACCCACAUCUAUGGAAGGCAUCCCCAGAGGUUGUAUGUUCUGUUGGAAACUAGGCAAGUGGGGUUUAUAUAUCCGUGGAAAGUCCAGGGUGGGAGAAAGGCUUGUAUUGUUGAAGGCUUUCAUGGCCGGAAUCGCUGGGUUGCUGUGAGUCUUUCGGGCUGUAUGACCAUGUUCCAAAGUUUUCUCUCUCCCACAUCUGUGGCAGGCAUCCUCAGAGGUUGUGAGGUCUGUUGGAAACUAGGCAAGUGGGGUUUAUAUGUCUCACAACCCUUGAGGAUGCCUGCCACAGAUGUGGGAGAGUGAAAGCUUUGGAACAUGGUCAUACAGCCCAAAAGACUCACAGCAACCCAAUAACCCUUGUUUACAACAGAUUUCCCAAACUCUGAGCAUAGUUGUGGGUGAAAUGUCAGGAGAGAAUGCUCCUGGAACAUGGCCAGACAGCCCGGAAAACUCACAGCAACCCAUUUCCGUGUUUGCUUGAAUUUUUUGUUUUUGUUUACUUGUAAAUUGUCACGUUUUCUGGAACCUGCUCGGCUCUUUCUUUCCUGAGAAAAUGCAAAAUAUGUGUAUUUCUGUACAACUGUGAAAUGCCUUGCUGGCUGCUUGGAACAUACACGUGCAUAUUAUCACAUGCAAGGUACACACACUGUUGGCUUUGUGCCCGUUCUACAAAGUUGCGUAUAAUUUCGGCAGAAAUGCUGUCCGCUUGCGAAUUUCCUCGAGAAUUCAAGGUUACGUUUUGCAAUACGAACAAAGUCUGGCUUGCCUCGUUGGAGUGAGCUGAGCUGGCCUCAACUCUUUUCUUGCAAGCUGUUUUUAGACAAAUCCUUUGAUUUCCUCACCCGUUCGAUUUUGCAAGCGGGAAAGUAUGGUCGCCUUUUCUUUGAACGAUGUGUCACCCAGACCUCUGCCACGGGUGGCCUUUUUUGCCGCCACAAGCUGCUCCUCUCCCGCGUCAAAUGUGAAACCAGGCAACCUUUGCCAUCCCGACUUGGUCUCCGUAUCUUCAAAUAGGUUGAAUGUGUCAAAUAGGUUCAAAUGUGUGUCGUUUUGUUUUUUUAACACAAUAUAUUUCCUCCCAACUGUUUCAAUGUGACUUCGCUACCAGUCCUUGUUUGGUUGGUGGUUUGUUUUGUUUUGUUUUUGGAGAAAUAAAGUUGCCUUUUUUGUUUUCCAAA